AAAAAAAAACAACAAACAAAAAAAAAAACAGAGAAAGAAUCAAAACAAGGAAGACCAAACAAAAAAAUAGCGUAUCGGAGAAGACAAGGGAUCGCGAGGGCUUCAACCUUCAAAGAAGACAUCUAUAAUCAACCACCUGAUCACGAUCAUGGUGAUCUCAAAGGUCACUCCAAUGGCGGAUCCUUCAGAUCUUCUCAAUCUUUCUCUUCUCAUUCCUCCCUUGCCGCUCAAGCAAUCCGUGCCUCUUCUCAGGCUCAAGGAUUCACGGCCUACGAGGAUAAGAGCGAGAGCCGUGGAUUCUGGGGGAUCCUAGCUCAGAAAGCUAAAUCAAUCCUCGAAGACGAAGAAGAGCAACAACAACAACAACAACAACAGCAACAUAACGACGUCGUUCCCGAACCCUCGAAUCCAACCAUACGCAAAAGCAUAGACAAAAUCACAACCUCUCUGAAUCAGAUCGGAGACAGUUUCGAGAAAGCGUUCGGAGAAGGUCGUACGAUCGUAGCUUCUCAAAUCAGACGUAAAGGAUCCGAUCUAAUCGAUUCAGACAACAACAAUUAUAACCAAUCCUCUGGAUCAAGCAGUCCAUGGCAACCAUUAACACAACCAAACCCACACGAGUCUCAACUCAAAGCUUCACGUGACGUAGCCAUGGCUACAGCAGCUAAAGCCAAGCUUCUCCUCCGUGAGUUGAAAACGGUUAAAGCCGAUUUAGCUUUCGCUAAAGAACGGUGCUCUCAAUUGGAAGAAGAAAACAAACGGUUAAGAGAUAACCGGGAUAAAGGUAACAACAAUCCAGCUGAUGAUGACCUAAUCAGGCUUCAGCUAGAGACGUUGUUGGCAGAGAAAGCAAGAUUAGCUCACGAAAACUCCAUUUACGCUAGAGAGAACCGGUUCUUGAGAGAAAUCGUCGAGUACCAUCAGUUGACUAUGCAAGAUGUUGUGUAUAUCGAUGAAGGUAUUGAAGAAGUAGCUGAAGUGAAUCCUUCAAUCACUAGAACUCUUUCUAUGGCUUCGUUUUCGGCUUCUGAACUGCCAUCGGUCUCGCCUUCGCCUUCUUCCCCUGCUUCGCCUUCUCGGCUCUCGGUUUCUACCGACAUUUAUCCGGUUUUGGUUCAGCAGAGUUCAGCUAGUGAUGUUGCCGUCGAGAGUCCUAAACCAGUUCGACCACCUUCUUUGGGAUACACAGAUGAUGGUAAGAGACCAUCGUCACAACUCUCUGUUUAGUAUAUCAAUGAGUUUUAUUACUACUACCAUUUUGAUCAUGUCUGUUUUGGAUAAUUUGUUUGUUUAGUACAAUUUUGUUCUUGGUUAUAAUAACUUGGUUCUUGAGUUAUGAGCAUUUUCUUUUUGCCUUACAUCCAUUAAAUGUGAAUCAUUCUUUCCUAUGGAAGUUUUAUCGAUUUUGUUUUUGGAUGUUGUGAACUGUUCGACUUUCACGGCGUAACGGACUCUAAGUUUUCUUUUAUCAACUUACAAGUAGCCACGUCUUACGUAUUUAUAAAUCUGAAAAAUGAGUAGUUGUUGGUCAAUUAGGCUGGUGCUGCCCGUUCAGGUAGGAGUGCAUGUACAGGCUGGCGCGGUAGGUAGGUGUGCAUGUACAGGCUGGUGCGGCCCGUUUAGCCCAUCUAAACUGACGGGUAGGGCCUCGUCUCAGAAUUGAAGUUAUUUCAAAGCUUAGCUGCCAAAAUCUAAUAUUCAACUUCGAAAACAAAGGCUUUCUAGUUCUAGUUGCUUAGGAAUAUCAAACAAAAGUUCGAAUGCUUGCUUGCAAGAAACUAAUAUCCAAAACAGCAAAUGCAACAUUCGACUAAACU